UCAGCCUUAUUACGGUUGUCGAAGACGUAGUCGAAUGUCGAUUUUUUUGGAAAACGGUACUACGGUUGUCGAAAAUGUACAAUCUGUUACAAUUUUCGUAACACGGAAGACGAAAACGACUGUCAAUGUUGGCUAAAACAGUCGAUCAAUUUUUUCCAUACGACUAGAGACGUCGCCGCAUUCAAUUGACAACAAUUGUUAGCCGUUGGUUUCAUCCGCUAACACGCCGUUAACUAAUUUUAAAUUUAACACAUUUUUUUGACAUUUUAUAUUCGACAAUAAAUAAAUAUAACAAAAUUGUAUAAAAUAAAUUAUUUAUCUAUUUUUAACAUUGGGUAAAUUUGCGGUAUUUUACCAAGAAAACUUUUAUCUUAUGUCGACCGCUGAUAUAAAGUUUAUGUCGCCGUCACUUGUUUUGUGUCAGUUGUCGCCGUAAAAAUGAACAAUCAGUCGUCGUUUUCUGAAUAUAUUCACAUUUGUUUACAAAGAUGAGCUGCAAAAUGAAUAAAAUAACCACGCAACAACAGUUUGCAAAAAUGAUGGAAUUGUUGGAGGCAAAUCCAAAUCUUGCGCGUGCGUACCACAGCGGCCUACAUAAAGUAAAUACCAAGGAGGAAUGGGCGAAAAUUGCCAUUGAAUUAAAUUCCAUUGGGCCUCCCAUGCGCCAAGGUACGGAAUGGAUGAAGGUGUGGGCAGACUUCAAAUGUAAUUUGAAAAAGAAGCUGCUGCACAACAAGGCAGAAUGCCGUGCAACGGGAGGAGGGCCACACAAACAAUUUGUGCUGACGACAGUGGAGGAAGCUGCCUCAAGUUUGCUGCAGCUAGACUCCAUAGUAAAUUCGGAUGGAGAAAUUGGAGUCUCAAAUACUCCACUUAAGUCCAGCUAUUGCCCUAUGGACACCACAAAGGAAAAUGAGAGUAGUGAGUAUAUCUCGACACCGCGAAUUCGGAAAAAAGUGGAAACAAAGGCUGACAAGACAGAGAAGACUGCGCUGCUGGAAAACCAGCUAAAAGUCCAAACCGAGCUAUACUCUCAAGUGAAGGACUCUCUACAAAAUGUGGAGAGAUACAAUAGAAAAAUCUUCAAAAUUAAAGAAGAAGAGCUUAAAAUUUACAAAGCUGCAGAAAAAAGGGAAGAAGAAAAGUUUUUAUUAUAUAAAAAGGAGUUAAAGAGCAAAGAAGACUUCAGAAAUAAAUUGCUAAAAGCAAGAACGGAGGAAAUCGAAAUAAAAAAAAGGCGAAUAGAGCUGGAUGAAUGGAAGAGCGGCAUUCGGGAGUAAUUUGCUGAUCUCAUUUAGUUUUUAACUUGAAAAGACUGAACUAAUGUAAUUUGUUUUGUGUUCCUUUUUUAUUUUAUUUUAUAAUCUAAGUGCCUGAAGUACCUUUUAUUUUAAAUAACUUUAAUAAAUAUCCAAAGACUGCAUAA